AUGAGUGGGCUCUAUGGGAUCCUGGUCCAGCUGGAACAAAGUCCAUAUGUGAAGACUGUGCCUUUGAAUAUGAGAAAAUUUUUUUUCCUGGUUGUAACCUGGAUGCCUGAGGCAGUCAAGAUGAGUAGGAGCAGCUUUGUGCCAUCUCUACAGCUCCUGCUCAUGUUAGUGGGACUUUCUCUGCUACCUUUGGCAGAAACAUAUGGGUUCAACAAGUGCACCCAGUAUGAAUUUGAUAUUCACCAUGUGUUCUGCAUUAGGAAGAAGAUCACCAACUUGACAGAGGCCAUUAGUGACAUACCUAGAUAUACUACUCACCUCAACCUUACACACAAUGACAUUCAAGUCCUCCCUCCCUGGAGCUUCACCAAUCUGCCUGCUCUGGUGGACUUGAGACUAGAGUGGAACUUAAUUUGGAAGAUCGACGAAGGUGCCUUUAGGGGACUUGAAAAUUUGACUCUGCUGAAUUUAGUGGAAAAUAAGAUUCAAAGUGUGAAUAACUCCUUUGAGGGCCUGUCCAACCUGGAGACCCUGUUACUAAGCCAUAAUCAGAUUACCCAUAUUCACAAAGAUGCCUUUACUCCUCUAAUCAAAUUGAAAUAUUUGAGCCUAUCUCGAAACAACAUUAGCGAUUUUUCCGAUAUUCUUGAAGCAGUCCAGCAUCUUCCAUGCUUGGAGCACCUUGAUCUUACUAACAACAGCAUCAUGCACUUGGACCACAGCCCUAGGUCACUGGUUUCUCUGACCCACCUGAGUUUUCAGGGGAACAAACUAACGGAGUUAAACUUCUCUGCUUUGUCAUUACCUAAUGUAACCAAUCUAAGUGCUUCCCAGAAUGGCCAUGAAGUCAUUCAGAAUGUGUAUCUGGAAACUCUGCCCCAACUUAAAAGCUUGAAUCUGAGUGGAACAGUGGUGAAAUUGGAAAAUCUUUUGGCCAAACACCUGCAGAAUGUAAGGGUUCUGGACCUCAGUAACGGGGAGCUUAGACACGGUCACUUAAAUAUGAAAACUGUUUGUCACCUGCUUGGAAACCUACCCAUGUUAGAGACACUGGUUUUUCAGAAAAAUGCCACUAAUGCAGAGGGCAUUAAGCAGCUGGCAAAGUGCACCAGGCUCUUGUUCCUCGACCUGGCCCAAAACAGUGACUUGGUUCAUCUCAAUGACAGCGAGUUCAACGCUCUGCCCAGUCUCCAAAGACUGCAUCUGAACAAGUGCCAACUCUCCUUCAUCAGUAACAAGACCUGGAGUUCCUUGCAGAACUUGACCAUCCUAGAUCUGAGCCACAACAAGUUUAAAAGCUUUCCAGAUUUUGCAUUUUUCCCCUUGAAGCACUUGGAGUUUCUCUCUCUUUCAAGAAACCCCAUCACAGAACUCAAUAGUCUGGCCUUUAGUGGGCUAUUUUCACUGAAGGAGCUCAACUUGGCUGCAUGUUGGAUUGUAACAAUUGACAGGUAUUCCUUUACUCAGUUUCCAAACUUAGAGGUCUUAGAUCUUGGAGACAACAAUAUUCGUACUCUCAACCACGGAACCUUCCGACCUCUGAAAAAACUCCAGGCUUUGAUUCUCUCCAACAACCGCCUAGAAAUCCUGGAGCCAAAUGCAUUUUCUGGUCUCACUAAUCUACGUUCCCUUGACCUGAUGUACAACAGCUUGUCAUAUUUUCAUGAACACCUUUUCUCGGGCCUUGAAAACCUUCUGAUUUUGAAGCUUGGUUUUAAUAAGAUCACAUAUGAAACUACUAGGACCCUUCAGUAUCCUCCAUUUAUAAAGCUCAAGUCUUUGAAUCAGCUCAACCUGGAAGGACAAAGACACGGGAUUCAGGUUGUUCCGAGCAACUUUUUCCAAGGAUUGAGUAGCUUGCAGGAGUUACUCUUAGGAAAAAAUCCCUCUGUAUUCCUGGACCACCACCAAUUUGACCCUCUGAUUAACCUCACAAAGUUGGAUAUCUCAGGAACAAAAGAUGGAGAUAGAAGCCUCUAUUUAAAUGCUUCCUUAUUCCAAAACCUCAAAAGGCUAAAGAUCCUCCGCCUUGAAAAUAACAACUUAGAAUCACUGGUCCCUGGCAUGUUCUCCAGCUUACAGAGCCUCCAGGUCUUUUCUUUGAGAUUCAACAACUUGAAGGUCAUUAAUCAAAGUCAUCUGAAGAAUCUGAAAUCACUGAUGUUUUUUGAUGUCUAUGGGAACAAACUUCAGUGCACCUGUGACAAUUUGUGGUUCAAGAACUGGUCAGUGAACACACAGGAGGUCCAUGUCCCCUUCCUCCGGAGCUAUCCCUGUCAGCAGCCAGGCAGUCAGAGUUUACUUGUAGAUUUUGAUGAUGCCAUGUGUAAUUUUGACUUGGGAAAGGUCUACUUCUUAUGUUCCUUCAGUAUGGUCCUCAGCACCAUGGUCUUCUCCUGGUUCAGUACCAAGAUGAUUGCAUCUCUGUGGUAUGGUUUGUACAUAUGUAGGGCCUGGUACCUCACUAAAUGGCACAGAACGGAGAAGAAGUUCUUAUAUGAUGCGUUUGUCUCUUUCUCGGCCACUGAUGAGGCAUGGGUAUACAAAGAGCUGGUUCCAGCCCUAGAAGAAGGCAGCCAGACCACCUUUAAACUCUGUCUUCACCAACGGGAUUUUGAACCAGGCAUUGACAUCUUCGAGAACAUCCAGAAUGCUAUUAACACAAGCAGGAAAACCUUGUGUGUAGUCAGUAACCACUACCUACACAGUGAAUGGUGCCGGCUUGAAGUCCAGCUGGCUAGCAUGAAGAUGUUUUAUGAGCACAAGGAUGUCAUUAUCUUGAUCUUCCUCGAAGAGAUUCCGACCUAUAAACUGUCCAGCUACCACCGACUCAGGAAACUCAUAAACAAACAGACGUUUAUCACUUGGCCGGACAGUGCUCACCAGCAGCCACUCUUCUGGGCUCGCAUCAGAAAUGCAUUGGGCAAGGAGACUGUGGAGAAAGAAUAUACACAUCUAAUUGUUGUUGAGUGA